UAACACUUGUAUUUUGUACCAGUUAAUCUUCUUUCUAACGCCAUAUAAUUGUACUUCAAAAUUUUCGUAAAAGACUGCACCAGUGGGAAUAUAAAACAUGUGGAUUCUUAAUUAAUUGGCUCUCUAUUUAGUAAUAAAUUCAAAGACAUAGUCUUCAUAUGGAUUUUGAAGUAAUUGAAGUUGAAGGUGAAAUGGGUCAUCGUGGAGUGUCGGAUGAUGGAGAUGCUGAACCCAAUGAAGUUGGUGAAGCGAAUACGACAGAGAAUUCUUCUGCUCGUGGUGAUGAUGAUGGGAUUAUGGAGCCAUAUGUGGGGAUGGAAUUUGACACUGAAGAUGCUGCCAAGACUUUUUACGAUGAGUAUGCUAGACGUUUAGGUUUUAGUUCUAAAGUCAGUCAACAUAGCCGCUCUAGAAGUGAUGGGUCAAAUGUCGCACGGGAGUUUGUAUGUGGCAGAGAGGGUUUGAAAAGAAGGCAUGCUGAUAGUUGUGAAGCAAUGCUUAGGAUAGAGUUAAAGGGCGAAGAUAAGUGGGUGGUUACAAAAUUUAUUAAGGAGCAUACCCAUUCUAUGGUAAGCCCUGGUAAAGUGCAUUACCUUCGGCCCCGCAGGCAUUUUGCUGGUGCUGGAAAGGCCACGCCUGAUGUUUAUCAAGGAGUGGGAAUUGUACCUAGUGGUGUAAUGUAUGUGUCCAUGGAUGGCAACCGAGCGACUGUAGAAACAAAUAAUUGUGGAUCUAGGGCCGCUCCCAUCAUUGAAUCAAAUCGCCCCGUUAAAAAUAUGGGGGCGAUGAAUUAUGUUGUUAGGCCUGCUAACAGAAAAAGGACAUUAGGAAGGGAUGCUCAGAAUCUACUUGACUAUUUCAAGAAAAUGCAAGCUGAAAACCCUGGUUUCUUUUAUGCAAUACAACUUGAUGAUGACAAUCGCAUGGCUAAUGUAUUUUGGGCUGAUUCAAGGUCAAGGGCAGCUUACAGUCAUUUUGGUGAUGCAGUUACACUGGACACAAUGUACAGAGUUUGUCAAUAUAAAGUACCAUUCGCUCCAUUUACGGGAGUAAACCAUCAUGGUCAGCCUAUCUUGUUUGGGUGUGCUCUACUACUAGAUGAUUCUGAGGCUUCUUUUGCUUGGCUGUUUAAGACGUUUCUUACAGCAAUGAAUGAUCGGCAACCUGUCUCUAUAACUACUGAUCAAGACAAAGCUAUACAGACAGCAGUUUUUCAGGUAUUUCCAGAAGCACGCCACUGUAUCAGUAAGUGGCAUGUCUUGAGAGAAGGCCAGGAAAAGCUGGCUCAUGUAUGUCAUGCUCAUCCAAGUCUUCAGGUAGAGCUGUACAAUUGCAUCAAUAUGACUGAAACUAUAGAGGAGUUUGAAUUGUCUUGGAAUUCAAUCCUUGACAAAUAUGAUCUCAGGAGACAUGAUUGGCUUAAUUCAAUAUAUAAUGCUCGUGCACAAUGGGUACCUGUGUAUUUUCGGGAUUCCUUUUUUGCUGCAGUAUUACCGAAUCCAGGAUAUGAUGUUUCCUUUUUUGAUGGUUAUGUGAAUCAACAGACAACAAUUCCAAUGUUCUUUAGGCAGUAUGAAAGAGCUUUAGAAAACUCAUUUGAGAGGGAGAUAGAAGCAGAUUUUGAUACAAUUUGCACAACACCAGUCUUGAGGACGCCUUCACCUAUGGAGAAACAGGCUGCAAAUUUUUAUACAAGGAAAAUAUUUGCUAAAUUUCAGGAAGAACUGGUGGAAACUUUUGUAUAUACUGCAAAUAGAAUUGAAGGUGAUGCAACUAUCAGCACAUUCAGGGUUGCGAAAUUUGAAGAUGACAACAAGGCAUACAUUGUUGCAUUAAAUUAUCCUGAAAUGAGAGCAAACUGUAGCUGCCAAAUGUUUGAGUAUUCUGGUAUUCUCUGUAGACAUGUUUUGACAGUUUUCACUGUCACAAAUGUACUUACGUUACCGUCUCAUUAUAUCUUGAGACGGUGGACAAGAAAUGCUAAGGCUGGGGCUGGAAUAGAUGAACGUAGCGGUGAACUACAUGGCCAGGAAUCGCUGACAAUGCGAUAUAACAAUUUGUGUCGGGAGGCAAUCAAAUAUGCAGAGGAUGGGGCAAUUGCUGUAGAGACCUAUAAUGUUGCAAUGGGUGCUCUUAGAGACAGUGGGAAGAAGAUUGCUGUUGUGAAGAAAAGUGUUGCCAAAGUUUCACCUCCCAGUUCACAGGUCAGUGGCACUGGUUAUGAGGACAGGAAGACUGCUACAUCAGCUUCAGACACUGCCCCUUUGUUAUGGCCUCGGCAAGAUGAAAUGACAAAACGGUUUAAUCUUAAUGAUACUGGUCCUCCAAUUCAACCUGCUUCUGAUUUGAAUUUGCCACGUAUGGCACCUGUGUCCCUUCACCGUGAUGAUGCUCCUUCUGAUAACAUGGUGGUUCUUCCUUGUCUAAAGUCAAUGACUUGGGUGAUGGAGAAUAAGAAUUCACCACCAGGGAAUAGAGUAGCAGUGAUCAACCUGAAGUUGCAAGAUUAUAGCAAGACUCCAUCAGCAGAAUUGGAGGUUAAGUUUCAGCUUUCUCGCGUUACACUCGAACCCAUGUUGAGAUCUAUGGCCUAUAUUAGUGAGCAGCUUUCAACCCCAGCUAAUAGGGUUGCUGUCAUCAAUUUGAAGCUUCAAGAUACUGAGACAACUUCUGGAGAGUCGGAGGUUAAAUUUCAAGUUUCAAGAGAUACCUUAGGUGCUAUGUUGAGAUCAAUGGCUUACAUCCGGGAGCAGCUUUCUAAUGCUGUAAGCAUUGUCUCUUUACACUUGUUAUCACUAUUUCUGGUGCAUGACUCACAAAUGUUCUUCUGUACUAAAAUUGUUAUAUACUGUCAUCUUUUUUCUAGUGUUUUUUCUUUUGUAAAUUUUCAACAAUAUACUGGAAAGUUACUUUGUUCACAUGAUCUUGUCAUCAGAUCUGGUCUAUAA